UCCAUGUGAGAUCUCCGGAACCGUAAAGCUGAUUGGUCGUCGUCGCUAAACUCUUUAGCGGCGAUGACCUUUUCUGUUUCCGUUUUGUUUUGUUCUCGGUUUUUUCAAGCGGCCCAUUUGUAAGCCAAUGUUAACAAGAUUUCUUUUCAGAAUACGACAGCGGCGAAAAGUUGUUAUAAUCGAUUUUGGGCGGUGGUAUUGUUAUAAAAGUUUGAUGGAUUUGACCAGAGAAUCGCAAUCACAUAUAGUGUGUGUUAAAUAAGUGUGGGAGGAAAAUUAAUGUGGACAUAGACAGAACUUUUUACGCGUCAAAAAUGCGGUGGCACUUCACAGUGACGGGUGAUGGUCGCGAAAGAGCGUUUUUCCCAACAGUGUCGUACGGAGGUCCCCAAUGCCGCGACACCACGUAAUGAUUCUAAACCGGGAUUCGAACUCGAGCUAAGGGCUCACCAUUGGCACGAGUGAGCGUUCGCAUAGUUGAAAAAAUGCCACCGAGCAACGAAUCAUCCUAUCCAAACAUAUCCCGUAGAAAAUCUUGUUAUUGAUCGACAUAUCACGACAGAGCGAUUUACGAGUUGUUAUUAAUUAAUAAACAUGUAGUGACGAUUGUUAGGUAAAAAUGGGUGAUAACGUGCGACACAUAAUGGACGGGGGAUCAAAUACGAUGGCACCGGUCAAAUCCCAGACCAACUACGACGCCAACGUCGACUACAUCAUCAACGAAUACAUGGAACGGUUGGGUACCAGGCUAAAUAUCCUUGAAACCGAACUCAAAUAUGCCUGGAGGGCACUAGAUUUGCUCUCCCAGGAGUACAUUAAAAUGUGGGAACGACUUGAGAAGCUCGAGGGUCUCCUUUAUGAGCAGCAGGGCGUCAUUUCCCAGUUGCUUGACUUUUAUACCUCGGGUGGAGCUUCAGGAAUGGUGCCUGAAAUGGGACCUAUGUUAGAAGGUAGAUUAGGUGAAUUGGAAGUAAUUCGGGAAAUACUCGGAAACGGUACCGUAGAAGAUGGACUCGAGGAAGGACUGGAUGUAUCGAGAAGUUCUCAGUCCGCCGUUAUACAGGAACUUGAAAUGGAGGCUUCAAUGGAUGAAAUGCAUGUUCCCGAUGAAGCAUUUUAUCGAAGCCUUAAUCAAGCUUAUAGAGAAGAUCUCGUUGGUUGUGACCAAUCCAACCAAGGUAGUCAAUUAGGUAUGAUAUGGGAAGAACGGGAAGAUAAUGAUGAUGGAAAUGAGAAAAAAUGCUUAAAUGAUGGCAUGCGAAUAGAAGAGAAUGAUGAAAUAUAUAGCGCUUUAGAUUAUAAAGAUUAUAGGGGCAACUCUCCUUGUAUUAGUGAACAAGACAUCGCCCAGUUAUCGAGAAUUGAUUCAAUCGAUCAAGUAGCAAUUGAAAAAUUAAACGAAUUAGAUCGGUUGAGUAACAAGUUGCAUCAAGAUUCGGUAAACAUAAAGCAGCUUCAAAGAAAACUAUUAGAGUCUCCUCUAAACGGCAUAGUAGAAGAAGUAGUAGAAAACAAAGAAGCAGACAAUAAACAAGUAGAAAAUCAGUUACAACAAAUUUACGAGGAACCAGAAAAUUGGAGUUUCUCAAGUGGAGUUCGGGACCAAGAUGAAUUGAUGAUGUUAGCCAAGUCAGAACUUCCCAGUUCUCUCUCAAACUUAUCUUAUGCUGGCAGACCUAGUUCACGAUUAUCUGUUGUAAACGAAGCGGACAAGGAAGUGGCAGAAACCCUUGCUGGCGGCAUAAGAACUCCAACCUCUCCGCGUCGGAGGCAAAUUGAAAUAUCUACUUGCACUGCACCAUUUACAACAGUUACAGGACGAUUAGCUUACAGUGCUGCUGUUCAACACGUAGAAAGUGCAGAGGCAGCUGCCGCCGCAGCAAGUAAGAACCCAUUUUAUUGCAGCGCUUCAGAUCUAAAUUCCCUAAUUGCUGCUUCUUACGAAACGGUACCUUGUUCUACUCCCAAUAUCUUUAAUGUAAAAUCCGAGAAAGCUCAAUCUCCAACGUUGUCAAUUUGUAGCAUCCGUACUAGACAAGAUGGUUAUAUAAGCUCUUCCGAUGUUCCCCAGGAACCUCAUUUGCUGAACCAAUCUCCAAGUCCUCCACCUCCAGCGCCCAGAGACAUCUGUGAAUCUUUUCUCCUACCUAACGCUGCUGGAGCAAAUGAGGCUACUACAAGUCAAGAUCAUAGAAAAUUAAGUCCAAAAACACCAAGGUCCCCAAAAUCACCCAAAUCAUCUCCCAAACGAAGCAAAUCCCACUCUUCAAACAUAGUAGCCGCCAAAUCAGAUUCAGGUCUAUCAUCAAUGAGUGGAUGGUCUAGCCUAGAAAAAUCCCCCGGUUCUCCCAAAAAUGGACCCAAACCUGCCUUAAAUUAUUAUGGACAUACGCCAUUCAGCAAUCAACCAACAAUAGCUCCAAUACCUGUUCAACCCGAAACUCAAAAUAAUUCAAGGCCUUUCACGGAAUCAAGUGUUGAUUCGAAGUUACCAGAGUCUCACCCAGCUGGUACUUCAGCUAUAUUACCUGGAGGGCACCACUUGUCUGCAUUUACCACAGUGAAAUCUCCGUGCAGCCUAGAAAAUUCUGAAGGAUAUGGCACUUUUGUCCCUGCCCCAGCUCCGGCGUCCGACAUUAAUGUUAGUCCCCGAAGAAAACCCAAAACCGAACCUAAACCAAAAGCAUCCGAAUUUAUGUACAGAAACGAUCAGCCAGCAAUUUAUUCAGUUGCCGGAAGCAACAGAGAUUCGUACACGUCGGUCUACACAAGCAACAGUGCUGAUUACAUAAACCAAACAAUUAACUAUCCUGACUUAGUUGAGCCUUAUGAAAACAACGAAUAUCAUGCAAGUCAAAGACAAAUGUCCUACAAUCCAAUGACAACGAUGGAUCCUACGCAUGUUCGUAGGAAAUCACUCACCAGAUCGUAUUCUACGAGCAAAGGUCCAGAUAGUAUAGCAAACCAUGAGGGCUACAAAACCGCAAUGUACCGCACAAUGUUUCCAUCAGGAAACAUAACAGACGCACUGUCGUACUAUCCAACCUCAUCUCGAUACGACUCCGCCGUUGCAAAUCUACCUCAGGCAGACUAUAACGAUCCGUCAGCUUGGCUUAACUGUCCAGAAGCCCAGUAUCAGGAAAGCGCAAGCACAUCUAGUUCUAUGAAGUCAAUGGACACGUCAGAUAUGUCUUACACGCAAAGCCCGUAUAUGGACAGACGUAUGCAACAGCAAAACGAUUCGAGACUAGCUCAGCAACCUAUUUAUGAAAAUCAACAACAAAUAGAUCAGCAAAGAGCUUGGAACCAGAGACAGGAAAUUCCGUUUUUAGAAUUAGAUAUACGGAACAGGAACGUGCCGGAUUAUGUUGUACAGCAACAACAACAACACUAUGACCAAAGUGGAAUUAUUAUGACGCAAUCAGGGUAUAUUACUAUUUCAUCUGAUACAAGACAGGAGGCACCUCGUGAGGAGAAAACCAAAAAGCCACUGAAGAAGGGUAAUACUCUGAAAUCUGCGAUGAGUUCAGUAAGUCAUUGGUUGCCAGACUUGCAUUUAAAAAGAAAUAGAUCAUAUUCACUACCAGGGGGUAUAAGGCGUGAAGACAUGGAGAAAUCCAGAAAUGCUCAUGUAAAGAGUAACGUAGCUUCUAAAAAGAAAAAGAAAAACGCCAUUGUUUCAACCAUGACAGGUAUUCUGCAAAAAGCAAAACGAAAAACAAGCUCCCAAUCCUACAGUCAUUCUCUAUCUGACCCGGAACAAUCGGACAACGAAUGGAACUUGCAAAGGACCAACUCUGUAGUUUCGGAAGAUGACAGAAGUGAAGACAGCUGUAGUGUUUUAUCUGAAAGUCAAUACGAAUCGGAUCUAUUUGUAAAAGUUAGUAACAAACCAAAAAUUAAAAAACAAAGUUUCUCUGAAGCUUCGACUAUACCAGUAGAUGACGAUCAACUUCAAGCUCAGUUUGAUCAGAUGAAAGUUUCACCGCAAUUAAGUGAUAGAACUUCUAAAAACACUGAUCCAGAGAGUUGUCCAGGUGAAGAAGACUAUUCUGGUAAAAGUACGGGUAGCGGAACGAGCAAUAUGUUCCCUACAGUAGGAGAAAACAAAAGAAGCUCUGGAUCUUCUGAAAAAAGUGAUGAAACUGUAGUAUCAGAAAGUAAAAUGAUUGUUGUUGUUGGAGGUUCAUCAAUGGAAUUCGCAGUAUCCAGAGCUUUGGGAAAAUACAGACAAAGGCAAACUAAUUCUGUAUCUGAUGAUCAAAUAUGUAAUGGAGAACAGGGUGUUGUGAUUGAAGAAAUCGACGACAAUGAAGACAAAUUAGAAACAGCUGAAAAGAAUAUUAAGCUAAUAGAACAAGCAUCAACAGAAAGUCAAAACAGUGAUAAAAGUAAAAACUUAUUUAACGAGGAACAACCAGUUUCCGAGGGAAGUCCUGCUUCCAGCAUGAAACUUCAUAUGAACCGAUUUUUACCAAGACAUCAACAAAGCUUGGAAAUACCUGGCCAUAAAGAAAUUGAUGACGACUCCAGAAGUACUCAUUCUUGGAGAAGUACUUCAAGGGUAUCUUCUAGAAGACAAAGUACUGAAGACAGCAUUGACAGUGAAGAUGAAUGGUAUUGCUAUGAGCUUCGGAAAUUGGAAGAAAUGGAACGACAGACGCAAUUGGAACAAGAAAUGGGCGAAACACUACAAGAACUACCCGAACCUGAAGAAGACGAAGAAGAACCAUAUGAACCAAAUGAAGAAGUUAAGGAAAAAAUGGGCUUUGUUCUGCGAGAAUUAAGAAUGAAAGCCAAAGUAGUCGAUGGUGUUUUAGACCAACAAGAAAAUAAUUUACAUACAAUACAGUCGGCAAAAAGACGUGAAAGUGCUAGAAAUUCUUUCCAAUUAGAUAGUGCAGCAUCUCUAUUCGAAAAAAUUAAAAACUAUCACGGGCCUAUUAAUGGUUCUUCUAUGCCAAUAGAGCAUAAACCACAACCUAUGCUUAAAAUAGAAGAACCUGAACCUGAACCUGAAUUGGAACCAGAAACUGCAGAGGAGGUGGAGGAAGAUCGUCGCUCCCAUUCAUCAGGCGACACUUCCGGACCAGACAGUCCUCAAGUUAGCGGCGAUGAAUACGACGAAGCUGAAAUGGCGAUAAAUGAUGAAUUUGCUAGAUGCCACAUUACGAAAGAAAUGCAAGAAAUGGACGAAAAUAAAGAAAAACCUGAAACACCCAAAGAAGAAGCAACAAUGUCUGCAAUUCCAAAAAUUCAAGUUGAAAGUACCGGAACACCAAAGGAGGAACCACCAAAGGAACAAGGAGGUCCUUUGGGCAGCAAAUGGAAACUUUUAAAAACCCUUAAAGAACGAAAGGCUGAAGAGAAAAGCAUUCAAGGAAAAACAACAGAACCAACGACGGAAAAAGAGAAAAAUGGAUCUGGAAUCGGCGCGGACUCCGUUGGAAGAGCCAAUGGACAUCCUGGAGAUAAUCCCUUCUACAGUAAUAUCGACAGUAUGCCAGACAUUCGUCCUAGACGGAAGUCAAUACCACUUGUAUCCGACUUGACUAUGGCUGCCACCAAAAGAAACGCCGGAUUGACAUCUGCGGUUCCCAGAGCAACCCUCAACGACGAAGAACUGAAAAUGCACGUGUACAAGAAGACGCUGCAGGCUCUGAUCUACCCGAUCAGCAGCACGACGCCGCACAACUUCAUCCCUUGGACGGCCACCUCGCCGACGUACUGCUACGAGUGCGAGGGGCUCCUCUGGGGCAUCGCCAGGCAAGGGGUGCGGUGCACCGAGUGCGGCGUCAAGUGCCACGAGAAGUGCAAGGACCUCCUCAACGCGGACUGCCUGCAAAGGGCGGCCGAGAAAAGUUCUAAGCACGGAGCGGAGGACAAAGCAAACAACAUCAUCACCGCGAUGAAGGACCGCAUGAAGCAGCGCGAACGUGAGAAGCCAGAGAUCUUCGAACUGAUCAGGGAUGUGUUCGGAGUGGAGGAUAAGAGCCAUUCUGGUCACAUGAAGGCGGUGAAACAGUCGGUGCUGGACGGCACCUCCAAAUGGUCCGCCAAGAUUGCCAUCACAGUGAAAUCGGCACAGGGCCUCAUCGCCAAGGACAAGAGCGGCACAUCUGAUCCCUACGCAACCGUCCAAGUGGGCAAGGUGAAAAAACGCACAAGGACCAUGCCUCAAGAGCUAAAUCCAAUUUGGGAUGAGAAAUUUUACUUCGAGUGCCACAAUUCCUCGGACAGGAUAAAGGUGAGGGUCUGGGACGAGGAUAAUGAUCUGAAGAGCAAACUAAGGCAGAAACUAACGAGGGAAUCGGACGACUUCUUGGGGCAAACAAUCAUUGAGGUACGCACAUUGUCGGGCGAGAUGGAUGUCUGGUACAACUUGGAAAAACGUACCGACAAAUCAGCGGUUUCCGGCGCAAUCCGACUUCACAUCUCAGUGGAGAUCAAGGGUGAGGAGAAGGUGGCACCAUACCACGUCCAGUAUACAUGUCUACAUGAGAAUCUCUUCCAUUAUCUUUGCGAGCAAAACAACGGCAUCGUGACGCUCCCACAGGCGAAAGGUGACGACGCCUGGAAGGUCUACUUCGAUGAGGCGCCCGAGGAGAUCGUAGACGAGUUCGCAAUGCGAUACGGCAUUGAGUCCAUAUAUCAAGCCAUGACGCAUUUUCACUGCCUUUCAACAAAGUACCUGUGUCCUGGUGUCCCUGCAGUCAUGAGCAUGCUUUUAGCCAAUAUCAACGCAUAUUACGCGCACACAACUGCAUCAUCAGCAGUUUCGGCCAGCGAUAGAUUUGCUGCUUCUAACUUUGGGAAAGAAAAGUUCGUCAAGUUGUUGGAUCAGCUGCACAAUUCCUUGAGAAUAGACCUGUCUAUGUACAGGAACAACUUCCCAGCAUCCAGUUCCGACAAGCUAAUGGAUUUGAAAUCCACUGUCGACCUUCUUACCAGCAUCACCUUCUUCAGGAUGAAAGUACAGGAACUGUCCAGUCCUCCAAGAGCGAGUACUGUAGUAAAAGACUGCGUGAAGGCCUGCCUCAGAUCGACAUAUCAAUUUUUAUUCGAGAAUACCUACGAACUAUACAACAGGGAAUUCCAGAGCGAUCCCAACGAACCCAAGCGGGAUCCAGAGGAUCACGGGCCCAGAUUAGACAGCGUGGAUUUCUGGCACAAAUUAAUUGCUCUAAUAGUGUCCGUUAUAGAGGAGGAUAAAAAUAGUUACGGACCAGUACUGAAUCAAUUCCCACAAGAACUGAAUAUUGGCCAGUUGUCUGCUGCAACAAUGUGGAGUCAGUUCGCCGUCGACAUGAAGUAUGCGCUGGAGGAACACGAGCAGCAUCGACUGUGCAAAUCGUCGGCGUACAUGAAUCUCCACUUCAAAGUCAAGUGGCUGUACUCGAAUUAUGUGAAAGACGUGCCUCCGUACAAGGGCGCAGUGCCCGAGUAUCCCGCGUGGUUCGAGCCGUUCGUUAUGCAAUGGCUAAACGAGAACGACGAUGUAUCCUUAGAAUAUCUACACGGUGCCUUUAAGAGAGACAAAAAAGAUGGAUUCCAAAAGAGCAGUGAACAUGCCCUAUUCUCGAACUCCGUCGUCGAUGUGUUCACCCAGUUAACCCAAUGUUUCGACGUGGUGUCCAAACUGGAAUGCCCAGACCCGGAAAUUUGGAAGCGCUACAUGAAACGUUUCGCCAAAACAAUUCUAAAAGUACUGAUAGCUUAUGCCGAUAUAGUCAAAUCGGAAUUCCCUGAACACCUCAAAGAAGAAAGAAUUGCAUGCAUAUUAAUGAAUAAUAUUCAGCAAUUAAGAGUGCAGCUGGAGAAAAUGUUUGAAUCGAUGGGUGGCGAGAAAUUAGAAGAGGAUGCAGCUAAUAUCUUAAAAGAACUUCAACAAACUUUGAACGGUUGUCUUGACGAACUGGCAACUCAAUUUGCGUCAAGUUUGGAGCCGAGGAUUACAGCCAGUGUUAAGGAACUGGGAGAUUUACUGUUGGCUAUUAAAGGUGGUGGUCAGCCAGGCCAACUUAAUCAACAGGCCCAAAGGAACGCAGUAGCUGUAGAAGCAGAUGAAGUACUUAGACCUCUCAUGGACCUUUUGGAUGGGUCUUUGUCCCUUUAUGCUCAAUCUUGUGAGAAAACCGUUCUUAAAAGGUUGUUGAAAGAGUUGUGGAAGAUUGUUAUGAGGAUUUUGGAGAAAACAGUUGUUUUGCCUCCAAUGACUGAUAAAACUAUGAUGUUCAAGAGUUUGACGGACAAUGCAAAGAAUCUGGCAGCCAAUACCAAAAUUGAGGACAUGUCCAGGUUGUUUAAGAAUCACAUGAGUGGCAAACAGGAUGUAAAAAACGCACUCAGUGGAGUCAUGGACAUAUCCAAAGAGAUGGAGAAGAAUUUGUCUCCUAAACAGUGCGCCGUUUUGGAUGUCGCCCUUGACACCAUUAAACAAUACUUCCAUGCCGGCGGCAAUGGUCUUAAGAAGGCCUUCCUCGACAAAAGUCCCGAAUUACAGAGUCUGCGCUAUGCCUUAUCAUUAUACACACAAACCACGGAUACUUUAAUUAAGACUUUUGUCACCACGCAGGUUAAUGAAGUGCCGCUAAACAAUAAAGAGACAAUGCUUCAACGGCAAAUAUCAAUUGAUCGAGAUGAGACUGAAACCGGACUAGAAGCUCUGGAAGAACCAUUGAAAGCUAAAAAACGAAGGGAAAGUCGGCCAGAUAUGGUAGAUGGACAAGAAGGUAGUGUGGGUGAAGUAUCCAUUCAAGUUGAUCUUUUCACACAUCCAGGAACUGGUGAACACAAAGUAACAGUGAAAGUUGUGGCUGCGAAUGACUUGAAAUGGAAUGUGGUGUCGGGAAUGUUUAGGCCGUUCGUCGAAGUCAACCUCAUUGGACCGCAUUUGUCGGACAAGAAGCGAAAAAAUGCCACCAAAUCAAAAUCGAAUCAUUGGUCCCCCAAAUACAAUGAUACCUUUAAUUUCAUUAUUGGAAACGAGGAGCAAUUAGACUAUUACGAAUUGCAUAUUUGUGUAAAAGACUACUGCUUUGCCAGAGAAGAUCGUCUGGUCGGUGUAGCAGUAAUGCAACUAAAGGAUAUCGUGGACAAAGGAUCUUGUGCAUGUUGGUUAUCAUUGGGUAAACGCAUCCACAUGGACGAGACUGGCUGGACCAUUCUUCGCAUCUUAUCGCAACGCACAAACGACGAAGUGGCUAAAGAGUUUGUUAAGUUAAAAUCGGACAUUAGGCAAGAAAAUCCCCUUCCAAACCAAUGAGAUGUUUCUCCCACAUAAUAACAGACUUAUAUUAAGUGACACUUAAAAUAAACAGCUGUGUUCAUAUUUCAUUACAAGCAGUGUAAAAUAAUUGUUGAAUGGACCGUCCUUACUGACUGAUGACGUAAAAAAUUACAUGCAUCAUAACAUUUAAUAAUAUAUAAUGUGCCUCCUCACCCGAACGUUUAAAACAAAUUUAUUAAAAUGACAUUCACUACAUACACCAGUCUAGUCACACAACUUUUAAAAAAAUGUAAAAUACGCAAUAAUGUGUCAUAUUUACAUUCCUCUCAUAUAUUUGUACUUAAAAUGUGAUUCAACUAGCGUAAGAAAAUUAAGUAAUAAAUAUCAUAGAUAUUUUUUUAUGCAUGAGGGAUUUUAGAUUGCGAUUCAUGUCAAACAUGUUUUCGUUAAUUUAACCAAUCUCUUUCUCUUUAUGCACAAUAAUAAAAUUUGUGUUAUAUUUAAAAAAUAUAUGAACUCUUUAUACAGUGCUGGUGUACUAAAAUAUCUAAAAUUGAGCCUUAUAUAUUUUAUUCAUGCAUUUCACUAAACUUUCGCUUUAUAUAAGUGUGGACUCUUCGCAUUGCAUUCUUCACUGUGAUAUUCAAGUACAGUGUGUAUUUGUGUCGUCUGUGUUGUAACUAUAUGUCUCAAGAAUCUGAUAUACAUAAUACGGCGUCGUUUUCUAGCAUUCUAUAUCAUCAUACUUGAUAAGGCAUUUUUUCAAACACCUUCUAAACUUUCCUGAACUUUAUUUGUAAUAUUAUGGUUGAUAAUACUUCUUUUCUAAAUUGUUGACUAAACUGAUUGUAUUAAAUUGAGUUAUCAGACAAAACUAUUUUAAUGAGUGUGACGAAUUAAGAUAAUUUACGUAGAUUAAAUGUUCGAAAAAAUGCCAGCAAUUAAAAUAAUAAUAAAACUACCACUGAUAAUACAUAUUUAAUAAAUCAUCCAAUAUAAACGUCCUCUUAAUUAUCACUUGAUAAAAUUAGUGUUUCAUAAAAGUGGGACUUGUAGUAAUUGUAGCUUGACUAAAUUAUUAACACUUACUUUCAAACAUAAACCUUUUAUCAGUGGAGUUAUCUAAUCACCAUCACCAUCAUGAAUAAAUUGACAAUAUUAAAUAGCGUAAUGAAAUCAUAGCAAGUGAUUUUUGUAUUAUUAUUUUAAUACAGCUAAACAGUUUCAUUUAAUGUGCAUUCUCUGUUUAGAUGUAAGUCGUAGUUGAUUGGAAAGUCGAGAACUGAUUAGGUAAAUAAAUUAACACUAAAAAAUUCUAUUCAUCUCUAUCAAUCAUGAUCUUCCAUAUACGUUACGUAUCUAAGGUAUGCGUUCAAUCGAUUGAAAAUUGCUCUUUUAGUGGAGUACCUGGUUUAAAUCUUUGAUUGAAAGGAUUUAUACUAUUGAUAAAUACGAUUAAAUAUAAUAAAUGUAUAACUUUAUAAAGGUGGCGCAAUCUCAAGCACAAAUGUUGAAUUUUUAUCUAUUCGUUAUUCACGUUUUUUAUUAAUUUUAGUUAGUAAUACCAUAAAAAGCAUGUUGACUUUUGUAAUAAUGAAAUCGACGUACUUUUGACAGUGCCUUUAGAUUUCGAGAAAGUCUAUAUUGUAAUAUCGUGUUAUUCUCAAUUCACGGCAAUAAACUAAACACUGUUUAAAUGUUAAGUAUAUAUUCAUAACUGUUGAUAAUAUCAACAAAAGCGUAUAUACCACCAUCAAAGAAUUAAACAAGUAGAUCCCCUAAAUGAUGCAAUUCGUAGUAUAUCAACAAGAAUAAAAAGUUUUGUACUUGCAUUGACCUCACAUGAGUGUUAUAUUGCACACUAUAAACAAUUUUUUAAUUACAGUCGAUCCAUAUUUAUGCAAAAAGCGACUAUUAAAUUCAAUACGUUAUGAAUAUAUCACAAACCCAAUAAAUGGAUUCUAACUAAAUCUGUUUUUAUAAUUAACGCUUUCUUCGUUUUAUCUAAUCUAUUCCCUUAGAGUAAUUCACGUUAUUAUGUUUUUAAUGCACAGAAAAUGCCAAAAAGUUCCUUUAAUCGGUUAAAAACAUAAUAAAUGAUUAGGUUAAUAUUUCAUCAUCAUAUCCAUUUCGGUGCUCUCAGUCCAUAUACAUGUUAGACUGAAAAACAAUAACAUUCUUGACAUUGCUACAAUUUAAUAUACAUACAUGUUUAACCACAAAAUUAUAUACUCAAGCCAAAAUUUGCGCCAUUUUCAACAUAUAUUCCAAAAUUAAAUUAUCAGUAAAUAAUGGAAUUAUCUCUAAGAAUAUACAUUUUGGCUUAUGUGUUAAAUUUGUGGCCAUUGUCUACUAUUUUUCUUAUUUAUUGCUAUAUAUCUUGAGAGGGCUUUUGACUAGGAGAAAAGUAAACGUUAUGAAACAUUUCUACAUGCAUAAAAAUGUUUUCUAAAAUCUCUAUUUUUUUGACCUUUUUGAGAUUCUAAAUUUAUGGUACUUUUAUUAUACGUUAAUUGUUUCAUGAAUUUUGAGAUAUUUAUAUUUUCUCUUGUAAUUAUAAUUUGUACAAAUGUAUAUUUGCUGUAUAUUGUGGCAAAAGUACCAAAUUUUAGAACAACUGUCGAAAAGUAUUUGAGAUUUGGAAUGAAUUGUUGAAAGUAUUUCACGAAGAAUUGACCGUUUUAUCAUUUUGCAAUGACAAUUUGUGAACUAUUCGCAUAAAAUUGUAAAAAUACAUAAGACUUUUUGAAUUACAUGUUAUGUAUAUGAACUUAUUUUAUGAAGAUUUGCUGGUUAAGUCUGUUGUUUAAAAUCGUACAAAUUGUUAAGAUAAAAAAUUACCUGUACAUGAAUAGUUACAUAUUAACAGAUUUUCUAGAUUAUAUUCUAUUCAUAACUUAAUGUAAAUGUAUUUAGAAACAUGUCUUUUUUAAUUUUAUAUAAUUAUUUUCACGAAAAUGACCAAGCAUGUAACGAUAUGUAUAACCACAAAUUUAAGUAUAUGUAAAAAUUAUGUUAAUACGUAAUUGUAAAAUAAAAAAAAUUAAAAACUGUCCUCCUAAUCUAAGGACUUUUUAUUAUAUAAUGUAUUCUUGUUAAACCAUUCAAACUUAUUUUUAGAUUGGAAGGUUACUGUUGUAAAUACAUAUUGCUGUAAAAACAUUUUCAAAUUAUUAUAAUAACAUGGACCAUAGAUACUUAAUUUACUUAUAUAUCCUUAGCCUAUGAAAAUGUACACAUAUGUAUAUAUGCAUUUACAUACAUCAUUUUUAUAGGCUAUUAUGUGUUUGUUACUGGGCAUCAGCUCUUUGUAACAUUAUUUUAUUUGUCAAAAAUAUACGCAUUGAAAGCCUCA